CAUAAAUCCCCUCUGACAACUUACCACUACUUUUCGCCAAACGUAACCCCUAAAUGAUAUAAAAUACGACAGCAACUUUUGUGAAUAAUUCUACAGUUUUAGAAUUAACUAAAAUGCUUUGUCGUUUAGUAACUUAAGCGUAACCGAUUUAAAUUAUUUUUAUUGUACAUAAACAGUUUCUCGGUUGUGAUUGAAAUGGGUUCCCUGCCAACACUUAACUUUAUUCUUAUCCACUUAGCUGUACUGUGGUCUUUGUCCAUAUUUUGCACAAAUGCCGAAAAGGAACCUCUAGAAGAACUAGCCAUUCCCUCUGCUAAGGGGGAAGUGGUACUGUCCACCGAAAAUGCUUCAUCAUCGGAGGGCCUUGGUUUUAUUCACGCAUUUGCGGCCGCAAUUUCUGUAAUAAUCGUGUCGGAAAUAGGCGACAAGACCUUUUUUAUUGCGGCGAUCAUGGCGAUGCGACAUCCACGGCUGACAGUAUUUACAGGUGCCAUAUCAGCUCUAAUUCUCAUGACGAUUUUAUCAGCGCUAUUUGGAUGGCUCGCGAACAUUAUUCCUAGGUCGUAUACAUUUUAUGUAAGCACAGCAUUAUUUGCAAUUUUCGGCUUGAAGAUGCUUAAAGAGGGGUACCACAUGUCCGAAAGUGAGGCUCAGGAAGAACUGGAAGAAGUUCAAUCGAAUUUACGUAAAAAAGACGAAGAGUAUGAAAAAGAGACUAUGCUACCGGAUCCAGAAGCAGGAGGUAGUACUAAAAGAAAAAUGGGGGCAUUAUCGACAGUGUCUAGGAUUUUAUUACAGUCAUUUACAUUGACUUUUUUAGCGGAAUGGGGCGACCGAUCUCAACUUACUACCAUCAUUUUGGGGGCUAGAGAGGAUGUGACUGGGGUUAUAAUGGGUGGCAUAUUGGGGCACAGCAUCUGUACAGGUUUAGCAGUAUUAGGCGGUAGAAUGAUUGCUCAGCGAAUUUCAGUUCGAACAGUUACACUUAUUGGUGGAGUUGUCUUUUUAUUGUUUGCAUUCUCGGCACUAUUUUUUGAUCCAAAUGAAGCGUAGUGAACAACAAUUGAUAUAGAAUUUUAAGUUUUAAGGGUGUUGCGCGAUUAUUUAUUGUAUUCAUGUGUAGCAGAACAUUCAACUGAAGGUCUUUAUGAUUUGUACAAUUUUUUUAAAUAUUGCUGUGUACAUAACUAUUUUAUUGAUGGCAAAAUAGUAGUAUAUUACUGUAUAUGCCCUGUGAUAAAUUUAUGUAUAUUGGAUGUAUUUUAUUUAUAAAA